CGCACGCCCGGAGGAGUUCCCCAUCACUCUGACGAACCACCACCAUUUUUCUCUCUGUCAGCUCUCUCUCUUCUCCCCCCCACGGCCAUUCAGAUCGCCGUGACCCAGCCGCCAUGGGCGCCACAAAGCCUGCUCCCGCCGCGAGACUCCUGUGAUCCCAAUUAACCCCCAGCCCCCAGCCGCGGAUCGCCGGGGACAUGCCUCCCACGCCGCCGCCGGAGACGGACGCCGAGCCGGAGUUCGCCGAGGUCGACCCCACCGGCCGCUACGGACGGUACACGGAGGUUCUUGGCAAGGGCGCGUUCAAGACGGUCUACAAGGCUUUUGAUCAACUGGAAGGGCUAGAAGUUGCCUGGAACCAAAUCAAAGUGGGUGAUAUAUUACGGAACAAUGAUGAUUUGGAGAGGCUGAGAUCAGAAGUGCGGUUGCUUAAGACGCUCAAGCACAAGAACAUAAUCAAGUUCUACAAUUCAUGGCUCGACAAGAAAAACAACAACAUAAACUUCAUCACAGAAGUCUUCACAUCAGGAACAUUGCGCCAGUACCGUAUUAAGCACAAGAAGGUAGACAUUAGAGCUUUGAAGAAAUGGUCAAGGCAAAUCUUGAGUGGUCUAGUGUACCUCCACGGCCAUGAUCCACCAAUAAUCCAUAGAGAUUUGAAAUGUGAUAACAUAUUUGUGAAUGGAAACCAGGGGGAAGUAAAGAUUGGAGACCUGGGAUUAGCAACCAUCCUAGACAAUGCACGCUCAGCUCAUAGCAUCAUUGGUAACCGAUUCAGCACACCGGAAUUCAUGGCGCCAGAACUCUAUGAUGAAGAAUACAAUGAGCUUGUAGACAUUUAUGCAUUUGGGAUGUGUUUACUGGAGCUUGUUACAUUUGAGUACCCAUAUUGUGAAUGCUCCAAUGCAGCACAGAUAUACAAGAAAGUUUCUGAUGGUGAAAAGCCUGGUUCACUGGCUAAGAUUGAGGAUCCUGAAGUUAAAUUUUUUAUAGAGAAAUGCAUAGCCCAAGCUUCCCAAAGGCUCUCAGCAGAAGAACUAUUAGUGGAUCCUUUUCUCCUAGAUGUUGAUGAUGAAAGAAUCUUCUAUCCAGUACAGUCAAAUACGAAUGCAUCAGAUGCUGCUGGCAGUUCGAACCCAAGUGCGAAUUACAGAGCAGCAUCGUCUGUUGGCUCCCGGGGACGAACAGGUAGCACGGGGGAAACACAUCCAAGUGAUAUACACAGCAAUAGGGAUCGACAUGCUGCGACUAGUCGAAGGAUCACCGUUGAGAGUCAGCGGAAGGACCUAAAUACAAUAUUUUUGAAACUGCGGAUUGCCGAUUCAACAGGUCAUGCCCAAAACAUCCAUUUUCCGUUUGAUAUUGAAGCUGACACUUCAAUUAGCGUUGCUACUGAGAUGGUUGUACAGCUGGAUCUCACAGACCAAGAUGUUACUGCGAUUGCAGAAAUGAUAGAUUCUGAAAUACAGGCACAUAUUCCUGAAUGGGCGUUUGAUGAAUCGGUUGACAACCAAGGGGAUGAAGGAGGUCAUUCCGAGACUGAUAAUUCAGAAUCCGACAACGGUGAGACUUCUGAGCUUCGUAACGAGGUUGAUGCAACAAACAAUGGUUUUAUACAAGAGCAGCUUCCUUCUGGCCGGAAAUACUGGUCAGACUCACCCAGAAGAGAUAUUGAAAUCUCUCACCCGGUGGAGGACCAACGGAUCUAUGAUAAUAUGCCAAACGGGACACUGAAAAGCAAUAAUGUAGAGGGUGUUUGUGAGCGAAUGUCAUCAUCAGUGGACUUGUCGAACCCCCCGGAUGUGGUCAACAGGAACUCGGGAGGAGCUUCCGCUGGCACCAGCUCUCGUCUUUCAGACGGCGGUUAUCUCACAGCAGAUCUCAACGAAAAGCUGGCAGAUUUGUUAGCAAACCAGAAGGAGGAGCUCAGUGCGAUGCGACGAAAGCACAAGGCUGACCUAGAGGUGAUCCUGAACAGAGUGCCCGCACAGCACCGCGAGGAAACCUUGACCAGGUGCCGCUUGAAGGCAGAUCAGAAGAGGUUAUGACUCCUUCAUGUACAUCUUGGCCGCGUCUUGUUUUAGGCACCGGCGGCAGCAGCAGCAGGGAGUCUCUUAGAACCAUUGUUGUGCAAAACUGGCCUUGCCGUCUCCUCUUCCUUUUUUCAAUGGAGAAGCUGCCGCAGGUGCUUGUGGAUUACAUUUCAUAUGAUACUCACUCCCACCAGCGCAAGUUGUCUGGAGGUUUUUGAAGUCAACGGAGGGUUUUCUGUGCCAAGCAAGUCAAAUCAUGCAGAUACCGUCUUCAUGCAAGGGCAUGCCAAAGGAAUAGUUCAUAAGAAGUGCAUAUUUUUCUUUCGAUUUCUCCCCCUUUUUUUUGUAUUGUUGACUUUCUUGGCUACAUGAUGGUGUUCGAGCUGUUGCUCGCCUGCGUUCAUCACAAACCGUAAUGCUCAAUUAUUCCUCCCCA